AUGCGGAGGUUCGUGGACGGGGCGGUCUUCCGGGCCGCGGAGGUGGCGGUGGCCACCCUGGAGGGCCUGGUGUGCAACGCCCCUUGCUGCUGCACGGACUCUGCCUCCGCAGCCUCCGGCCCGCCGCGGGCCAUCGGCGCCCUGCCCGCCGGCAGCGAGUCGCUGCUGCCACCGUUGGCUCCCGACGAGAGACCCGUCGGGCCAAAGCUGGUGGCGAAGAGAGAUGCUUCUCGUUCGCCUGCCCAGGCGAUGGCGAGGAGGAGCUCCACCAGAUCGGCGGCGACUACGCGCGGAAGGUGA